AUGAAGCGCUUCAAAUUCAACUCACGAUUCAAGCAACCAACUGAAUCUGUGUCUUCUUACAUUACUGACCUUCGGAAAUUAGCGGAGCACUGUGCGUACGGAAACCAACUACCUGACAUGUUACGAGAUCGUCUGGUGUGUGGAAUUGACGACCGAAAAAUACAAGCAAGGUUGUUGGCAGAUGGGAAUUUGGACUUCAAGAAGGCAGAGGCAACUGCUCUGGCUAUGGAGGCUGCGGCAAAAGACACUGAAGACCUACAACAGGCUGGGGAGUACCGCAGCAGUCAAGUGAACAAGAUUCAGGAGAGGCGCGGGGAAGGAAGAAAAAUUCAAGAGACACCGUGGGUGCGAACGAAUCCUCGACCACAGUGCUACAGGUGUGGGGGUCCGCAUGUGGCUCCUAGCUGUCAUUUUGCACGUGCUACCUGUUUUAAAUGUAAGAAAGUGGGACACUUGGCAAGGAUGUGUCGAAAUAAAGCAGACAUGGAAAGGAAAAUGCACAAGAUUGAGGGUGAAGAGGAGGACGGUGAGACAACUGGGGAAGAAUACACCUUGUAUACAGUGCGGGGGGCUCGUGAACCACCUGUGAUUGUUCACCCAGAAGUUAACAAGGUGGCUAUUCCCAUGGAAGUGGAUACUGGUGCUGCGGUGUCCAUUAUAAGUCAGAAAGUGUAUGAAGAAAGCUGGAAGGAUACGUGCAAGCCGGUGCUCGAGUAUUCCGACGUAGUGUUACGCACCUACAGUGGAGACUUAUUGAAAGUGAUGGGGGAAGUGAAUGUGGAGGUUAAUUAUAACAACCAGUCGAAAGUCCUGCCGUUGGUGGUAGUGGAUGGAGACGGCCCGAGUUUGAUGGGGAGAAACUGGUUGAAACAAAUUAAGCUAGACUGGGCUGCAGUUUAUAGUUGUCGGUCAGAGUGUGAUAAGGUCAUUCGCAGUUUUAGUAAUGUUUUCAAAGAGGAGUUGGGUCUCAUCAGAAACACAAAGGCGACCCUACAUGUGGAUAAGGAGGCACAACCCAAGUUUUUCAAAGCUCGCCCGUUGCCCUACGCCUUGAAAGACAAAGUGGAGCACGAGUUGGAACGGCUAGUUAACGAUGGAGUAAUUGAACCUGUGCAGUUCUCAGAGUGGGCGGCGCCAAUAGUCCCGAUAGUUAAGGGAGACAAAUCCAUACGUAUUUGUGGGGACUACAAGAUGACUGUGAACCGCGUGUCUAGAGUGGACAGUUACCCGAUACCGAAGGUUGAGGAUUUAUUAGCAAAUUUGUCAGGAGGGAAGACUUUUUCAAAAUUAGACCUGUCACAUGCUUAUUCACAACUACCACUGGAAGAGGAAUCAAAAAAAUAUGUAACGAUAAAUACACAUAAGGGGUUAUUCGUAUAUAAUCGCUUACCAUACGGAGUCUCCUCGGCGCCAGGAAUAUUCCAGAGAGUUAUGGAGAACUUACUGCAAGGUAUCCCUCACGUGGUGGUGUACUUGGAUGAUGUAUUAGUGACAGGGAAGACGGAAAGGGAACAUCUGAGUAACCUGACAGAAGUUUUGAGGCGUAUGGAUGACGCGGGGGUGAAACUGAAGUUAAAGAAGUGUGUGUUUCAGGCACCAGAAGUAACAUAUUUAGGACAUAAAAUUAAUGCGGAAGGGCUGCACCCGUCCGAGGACAAGGUUCAAGCUGUUAUAAAGGCACCCACACCAAGCAACAUCACUGAACUAAAGGCGUAUUUGGGGCUUGUUAAUUAUUAUGGCAGAUACAUUCCUAAUCUCUCCACAGUAUUUGCUCCCUUGUACAGAUUACUGCAACGGGACGUGGAAUGGCAAUGGGGACCAGAACAGCAGCGUGCCCUUGCCACAUCGAAACAACUGUUGGCGAGCUCCAAGGUGUUGGUGCAUUAUGACAGCAGCAAGCCCCUCCUGCUCACCUGUGACGCUGUCACCAUAACGGAUUGGGAGCAGUCCUUGCACACCGUUUGGAGUCUGGAGAGGAGAAACCGAUUGCUUUCGCAUCCCGAUCCCUGA